GGGUGGACAUUAAGCAUGAAUCAUUGGCAGAGGCGCUGUCGUGGAUUAAGUGCCGAAGUGGAAAUGAGUAACGGAAUACCUGUUGGAAUUUGCCUCGUGCGAAAAGCAAGUGACAAGUGUUGCUCAAGGACAUUUGUGAAUAGAACUUUGUGGUACCGUGCAAGUGUGUUCAUUUUGACAUAUGCAGCAUAUACAUGCUACCACUUAUCUCGCAAGCCAAUCAGUGUGGUGAAGAAUGUAUUAAAUAAGAACUGUAGUGAUUAUGUUCCGCCUCCUGAUUUAAUCAUUAAUGCUACCAACAAAGACAAUUGGUGUGACUGGGCACCAUUUGGUGAUAAAAAUGCUGCUGCAAUGUUGGGCGCAUUAGAUUCAGCUUACUUAUUUGCAUAUGCAGCUUCUAUGUUCCUUAGUGGUUUUCUGGCAGAACGGGCUAAUCUGCGAUACUUCCUUGCACUUGGUAUGAUUACAUCAGGCCUGUUCAGUUAUCUUUUUGGCAUAGCAAAGUCAUAUGGAAUUCAUAACAUGUGGUACUUCACACUUGUACAGAUCUUGUCUGGUGUUGUACAAUCAACUGGAUGGCCAGGAGUUGUUACAGUUGUUGGAAAUUGGUUUGGCAAGAGGAAAAGAGGUAUUAUAUUUGGUCUGUGGAACUCACACACUUCAAUGGGAAAUAUUCUUGGUUCUCUGAUAGCUGGUGAAUAUGUGGAAGGGGAUUGGAGUUUGUCAUUCAUUGUGCCAGGUAUCCUUAUAGCUGGUAUGGGAUUUGUGGUAUUCCUAUUCUUGGUUGUCAGGCCAGCUGAUGUGAAUUGCCCUCUACCAGACCAGGUGUGUGCAGAGCGACUUAAUUCUCAGGGGUAUGAGACGGUGUCCUCAGAAGAUUCUUCAGAAGGUCUUGCAAGCUGUGAAUCUGAUGACACAGAGCUGGGAAAUGAUUAUCAUUCUUGGAAAUAUGGAAACCAUCAUAACAACGUAAGUGAAGGUCCUAAUAGCUUCCACAUUACUCGUGCAUGGCAUAUGCAUCUGUCCAGCCAUUCUUCAGUUAUAAGCAAACAGGCAGUGAGGCCAUUAGGAGUGAUCAUGUCAUCAGCCAUUGCAGAGUAUCAUGGGCGAUCACAGAGGGAAGACAGCCACAUCUUGACCUGUCAUUCUUCAUCAGAGAAACCUAUUGGAUUCACAGGUGCUCUCAAGAUACCAGGUGUUGUUGAAUACUCCUUGAGUCUGUUUUUCGCAAAGCUAGUGAGCUACACAUUUCUGUAUUGGCUUCCACUUUACAUCAAAUCAUCAACAACUCUUAGCCCCACAGAGAGUGCACAGUUGUCAACAUUAUUUGAUGUUGGAGGGAUUGUGGGUGCAAUUGUGGCGGGUGGCAUCAGUGACUACAGUGGCAAGAGCGCUUCCACGUGUGCGGCGAUGCUGUCCUUGGCCAUCCCUAUGAUGUUUGUAUAUGAGGACUAUGGAACAGACGGUUUUGUAACCAAUGUUUUGCUGCUGGCUGCAGUGGGAUUUCUAGUAAAUGGUCCAUAUGCUCUCAUAACAACAGCUGUAUCCGCUGACCUUGGAACCCAUCAUUCACUGGAAGGCAAUGCUAAAGCUUUAGCAACAGUGUCAGCAAUCAUUGAUGGAACUGGAUCAGUAGGUGCUGCUGUUGGACCAUUGGUGGCAGGGUUUGUGUCAAACAUGGGUUGGCAGUACGUGUUCUACAUGCUGAUGACAGCAGAUGUCCUCGCUCUUCUGUUCCUCGUUCGUUUGGUGAAACACGAGUUUCAAACUUCAAGACUCUGCCAAUUACUAUUUUAUUAAUUAUGAUCUACAGGAUAAAAUGUUUUAAGUCUCAGGUACAAGUGAAACUCAGAAGAGCUUGGUUAUUUCACACUACUGGCACUUAUUGAUUGCUAGUUCUGUCGUGCUUGGAUUUAUCAUUCCUGAUGUCCAUUUUAAGUGCUGCAUUUAAUACAGAGCAUUACUAUUUAAAUGAACAGCCAUUUUCACAGGUCUAUAGAAAGUAACUGUUUUAACUGCACUAAAUGUGAUCGCAUCUUCUCAGGCAAUGUACGGUGUGAGUUCGGAUCAAAUGUCUGGUGUAGUGGAGACCAUCUGUUUCCAUCAUUAGGGAUUGAUGCCCUAAAAGAUUUUAUCAUUAUUUUAAUUUAGAUUAAUCUUAUUCAUGAAAGUUGCAUAGUUUACUAUGUGAUAAGGUAUCCUUAAAAUACAUAUAUUUUCUGUAGACUUCUACAAAAGACCUUGGUAGAGAGCGGCACAGAGUUUCAUCUCCCAGGACUUGUCUUCCAUUAGUUUUGGUGAACAGAAGCAGAAAUUGUGUGAGCCUUAGUUUGGGCUGGACCCUCGGAGUUCAUGAAAAGAGAAAGUCAUCCCAGUUCUGUUGCUUGUAAAUCUUGUAACCCUAACAUUUCCGACAAGCAAGUUACCCUCCAGCACCUUUAAUAUUCCAUUUAGUAGUGAGAAACAAGACAGGCCAUCUUGUUUCAAACAUUUCAGUUAAUAAAAUCAGCAUCACUGCCUCGGGAGGAGCUGUAUCAGUACAUAUCUGCAAUAGGAAUGAUAAUCAGUUCAGAUACGUUUUGAAAGUGCAUCUGUCGAACAGAGUAAAAAUUAUAAUUGGACAAAUGUUAAUAGGUACAGUGCUUUGAAGCAUUGAACCUUUAACAGAAUGUCUCAGUAUAAUGAACAUAACAGUAUUUUUGUUAGUUGGAAAUGAUGCAGCAUAAACUUCAAAAAGAUGGCUGGGAAAAAAAGAGGGUUGCUGUGGGCUUCCAUAAUAAUUCCAGAGAGUGAAAGCGAAGUAAUCACAAAAAUGGUGAGAUUUCAGGUUCUUGCAUCAGAAAGUAUAAAGACGAUGGGAUGAUAUGCCAUGUAGUCUGGUAGAAGUUUACUGACAAGUCACCAGAUGGAGGCAGCAAGCACCUGUGAGACAUAGGUUAACUUUUAUCAUACUAAUUGGUGCAAUAUCCCAGAAGACUGUAAUCAUCUUGAUCACAAAUAUGUUACGCUUUUUUUUCCCCUGUCCACAUCAAACAAGAAGCGAUUUCACGUUCAGACACGUCAUAGAAUAACGUAGCAUAUAACAAUUUAAAACAGCACAAGAGAAGACAGCGACAGUUGGUUUUAUUAUGUGUAUUGUCCUAGCUAUCCAAGCAAAUGUGUUUCAUUUGUGCGCAGUGAUAAAAUGUUCUUGGGAAGUGAGGUGUGUCUUUUCUGGGCAGAAGUUGAACAUAACAGACACCAUCUCUCUCUAUCAUCAGUAAACUACAUAAUGGGUAGGGGAGACUGGGGCUAGUUCUUACAAUUUUCAAUUAUGAUUUUUUGUACAUUUAUUCUUAAAAUUUACAUAGUUAGCAAUUAUGGCAUCAGGUACUACUACUAUUCGGCUAUAUUAAUAACAUUUUUUCAAAGACCUA